AUGAGCAGCAGACCUGAGUCUGUAUGACCAGAAGGCACUCUGUACUGGGAAGUUGUUCCCAUCCUUGUUAAGGACACUGAGAUCAGACGGUCAAGGUUGAACCUGCUUGUUAGUAGCUUCAUUUAGAAAUAAUUCAUCAUUCACCCAUCAACAUAUGAGAGUGCUGGGGUCGAGAGCCCAGACCCGAGGCGUGGCACACAUGUGCUCUGCUUUGAGCGGCAGCCUCAUCUGUCCGGUGAUGUCAAGUGUUGCACAGCUGAGCUGCUGUCACUCUGGUGCAGCUAGGACAGUUUUAUGAUGUUAGAAGGAAACCCUACAUCUUUUCCAAUCCCCCUUUUCUCAGCUGGAGGUAACCCCCACAUACUGUUCCAUGUGUUUAGAGAUAUCUCUAUAGCUCAGUGUGGUGGUUCAGGUGAUUCUUGCACUCAGGAGGUGGAGGCAGGAGGGUUGGUUCUAGGCCAGUCUGGGCUGUGUGCAAACUUUGUCUCCAAAACAAACAUCGUCUCCAGGUUGUGGUACACAGCAGUGUGAUGUUACGUAGUUUCUCCGUGUUGUUCAGGGAAUACUUAUGCGUAGAAAGGUCUGCAUGUUCGGUAGAGAGGCCACUGCUUCCAGUCUGAGUUUCCUGAGCUUAGUGGGUACGUACAGAGGAUACAGACAAAGGAAACUGAACUAUGACUGGAAUUGGCUCCUCCCACCUAAAAUGUUUUUGAGGUACAGCCAUGCCUGACACAGCCUGUGUUCCCACCUACUCCAGGGACUGAGGUGCAAAGAUCUCUUGAGCUCAUAAGGCAGCCUCAACAAAGAAAUGUUUCAUAUGGUUUGAUAUUUGUCCAUCAUUUCUUUUUUUCUGCCAGGUAGAAUCCUUGUUCCUUAUCUGAGUCAGGGCCUUCCAUAGCUCAAACUGGCCUCAAAUUCUCCAUGCUUUUACAUUAGCCUCCUGAGUGCUGGAGUAGCAGUAUGCACACCUCACGCCACAUCUGGGGCUGGUUUUUCUCUUGACGCCAACACCAAGUGCUAGCAUUCAAAGCUUGAGUAGCUGUGGGCUUAAGAAGGUUAUAUCUAUAAAGUGAUGUGGUUGUCUCAAAACUCUGUUCUGUGCUAGGGGCAUGGCUCAGUGGCAGAGCACUGACAGCCCUCUACCAGUCAGGGGCUAGGGACAUCCGUGGCUCAGUGGCAGAGCACUGACAGCCCUCGACCAGUCAGGGGCUAGGGACAUCUGUGGUAGAGCACUGCCUAGUAUUCAGGAGUAUCCCUAUUGUUCUACAGCAGUACUAUCUACAAAACAAAACAAACCACAAAUGUGUAAGUUCAUGUGCAGGGCUUACGGCAGUCUAAGUCACCAAUUUGGCAUUCUUCAUAACAGCAUUACGAGGACUAGAAGAAACACUCCGCUUCAGUUGUUAGCAAUACACAAGUUUCAUAUUCGUAAAAGUUAUCCCGUAAGUGCUGGCCCACCCUUUGGUAGAUGAGGGUGCGCAGCCCAGUGUCAUGCCUGAUGGUCCUCUAGUUCCUGGCACCCCUGACGUUCCUGUCCAUCUUUUGUUCCUGUAGGUUUGGGGCGCCCGCCCCCCGCUAGGCCAAGUAGAGGGGGGUCUCCCCGCCCAAUGGGCCUGGCCAGGGCCCUGCGCCGCCUGAGCGGCGCGCUGGAGUCAGGAAACAGCCGAGCUGGCGAUGAGGAGGAGGCAGGGGCCGGGCUGUGCCACAAUGGGUGGGCGCCCGCACCGGUGACUGGGAGCCGGCGCCGCGGGCGCUUCGUCAAAAAAGAUGGGCACUGCAAUGUGCGCUUCGUGAAUCUGGGUGGCCAGGGCGCGCGCUACUUGAGUGACCUGUUCACCACAUGUGUGGACGUGCGCUGGCGCUGGAUGUGCCUGCUCUUCUCCUGUUCCUUCCUCGCCUCCUGGCUGCUCUUCGGCCUGACCUUCUGGCUCAUCGCCUCACUGCACGGUGACCUGGCGGCCCCGCCGCCCCCGGCGCCCUGUUUCUCACAGGUGGCCAGCUUCCUGGCUGCCUUCCUCUUCGCGCUGGAGACGCAGACGUCCAUAGGCUAUGGUGUGCGCAGCGUUACCGAGGAGUGUCCAGCUGCUGUGGCCGCCGUGGUGCUACAGUGCAUCGCAGGCUGUGUGCUCGACGCCUUCGUCGUGGGCGCAGUCAUGGCCAAGAUGGCCAAGCCCAAGAAACGCAACGAGACGCUGGUCUUCAGCGAAAACGCAGUGGUGGCUCUGAGAGACCGCCGCCUCUGCCUCAUGUGGCGGGUGGGCAACCUGCGCCGCAGCCACCUGGUGGAGGCUCACGUUCGGGCCCAGCUGCUGCAGCCCCGUGUGACCCCGGAGGGUGAGUACAUUCCACUGGACCACCAGGAUGUGGAUGUUGGUUUUGACGGAGGCACCGACCGCAUCUUCCUCGUAUCCCCCAUCACCAUUGUGCACGAGAUUGACUCGGCAAGUCCACUGUAUGAGCUGGGGCGGGCAGAGCUGGCCCGGGCUGACUUUGAGCUGGUGGUCAUCCUCGAAGGUAUGGUUGAGGCCACAGCUAUGACGACACAGUGCCGCUCAUCUUACCUCCCAGGUGAGCUGCUCUGGGGCCAUCGCUUCGAACCAGUCCUCUUCCAGCGUGGCUCCCAGUAUGAGGUUGACUAUCGCCACUUCCAUCGAACAUACGAGGUCCCAGGGACACCAGUCUGCAGUGCCAAGGAGCUGGAUGAACGGGCAGAGCAGGCUUCCCAUAGCCCUAAGUCAAGUUUUCCUGGCUCCCUCGCUGCAUUUUGUUAUGAGAAUGAACUUGCUCUGAGCUGCUGCCAGGAAGAAGAGGAAGACGAGGAUGCUAAGGAGGGGACUUCAGCAGAGACCCCAAAUCGGGCUGACAGUCCCCAAGCUCUUACACCAACCCUGACACUAACCCUGCCUCCAUGACACAGCUGAGGUCCACUUCCCCAUGUGGCUCCCCUUCCCAAAGAUGACUGACACUCCAUUGGGAGGAGGGGGUUUCCAAGGACCAGUGGCCUGCUGGGACAACCAUUAUCCAUGAGGUUGUCUACCACAAUACCAGACCUUCAUUUCUCUGCUCCAUUCUCACUCUCAAGACCCCUUUAGGAGCUGGAUUCCUGCAUCUCACAAGAGCCGAGGGAUCCAAGAGGCAAGGCAUAAAGGCUGGAUUCUGGUCAGAUUUCAGUGAGACACACGGCUUCAGAGAAGAAGAUGUCAAUUUACACAGAUCAAGAAGCAGAGUCAAGUGACGACGGCUUUGCUACCCUCAGGAGGAAGUGGGCAGAGUACUCCAAGGAUUCGGGACUAUCAUGAUUGGCCAAAGACAGACUGGUGCCCGGACUCUAUGUGAAGAAAAGCCCAAGAGUUGAGAUCCUCUGAGUCUAGGUUGACACGGGGGAUUCUAGAACAGGCUGGCUAGAGAGGGGAUCCACUCCAGAAACCACAAGACACAGAGAAUCGGUAGGACUGAGAUGACGUGAGGCUCCUGACGCCGGAGAACUCUAGCAUACCGGCUCUUUAGAGUCCAGCUAAGGGAGUGAGUCUGGCUUCUCCGUGUCCACAGGGUAAAUCUGCUUUUGUUUGAAGUGCCAUUCUUAGAGCAUCCAAAGGAGUCAGGAUUCUUUGGCCCAGUAGACGCCUGUGCUUUGCUGUUCCACUUUGCCCAGAGGGUUAGGGAGCUCCAUGACCAUGGGUGACUUCCUGUGUGGUUUUAUAACGCCAACAGGAAUCAGAGCUCCAGGGACCCAGAGCUGUCCUUCCCCAAAGUUCUAGUCACCUUCAGAUGGACAGCCUGGUAGUCCUGGGAGGCAGACACUUUUCUGGGCAGGGCUGGCAAGCAAGAGCCUAGAAGAUCCCAGGGCUAGGGGCCAACGGAAGGGGGAGGCUGAGGCUGGGGAGCCUAAAAUAUUCUGGAAUACUACACCUAGUGAUGUGUGUCUAUUUCUCAAAGAUAUCCAUAUGUGUAUUAUAUAUAAACACAGAUCUCUAUCUUUUCCGUUCAUUCCUGCAGUAAGAUGUGAACAGGCUCAAGCCACUUGGAGCCCUUUGCAGAGAUCUGGGAAGACUUUAAGUCCCAGCAGCUCCAAGUGACUCCUGGCAAACCUUGCCUUGUGUGGCUUCAGUCUUUCCUGGAACAACGACCACUAGAGCUUUCCCAAGCAGGAUGGCCCUUCACUAUGGAGGCUAGGACAUUUGUCCCCACCCUCAUGCUGAAACACACAGCCUUCCGGGUAGUUGGGAGGGGAUGCUGACUUGAUGACUGGUUCCAUAUUGUAUGUAAAUUAUAGGACCAACGAGAUGCAUGGGCUAUCACAAGGGUCAAUGGCACCACCUCCCUGCUUCAGAUCAGGGUCUUGGGAUAGAAGAGGCAGCUGUUAUCUCCAGGGUUAUGUUCACUGUGAGAAAAGUGGGGCUCUUAGGGUAACCCUGUUACUGUCUUAAAGGCCCAAGAGCACCAACAGGGUGCCUGUGUUUCUGGAAUUUUUGUUCUUGUUCUUGGCCUUCCCACAGUGCAGUCACCUAAGUGCCCAGCAGGCUGGUGGCCAGCCUCAGGGGAACUGCCAGAAGGAGGUGUCCUCACCCGUGUUCCCGACUGAGAGCCAGUACUGGCACCAGCUUGCCUGCGCUGAAUCCACCCAUGCCCUCUUCUGGCUCGCAUCAUGCUUUAUCCUUCAGAAUCCCCAGGUAAUAACCGGACAGGAUUAAUUAGCUCGCAACUCCCCCCUCCAGGUCCAGGGCAGGGACUAAGGAUGAUGAAGGCCAUGGUGGAGAAAGAGGCUAAGUUGGGCUGAAGAGACAGGGGCAUGUGGUUCUAUUGGGAAGGAGAGGGUGGGAGAGGGCUGCACAGCCAGAGCUCUGCAAGGGAGGGCAUGGGUCGGGCCACUCAUAAAGGUCAGAGAGGGGAUUAAGAAACUCCAUGACUAAUCCAAAGGCUUAACCAAGUCCUGGCCCUGAAUCCGUCCUCACCUGGGCAGCCCAGGGACACGGAUGAGGACGAGACCUGGAAGUCCCUCUAGCCCCAUCAUGGGCCUUUGAUUUACAAAUAUGCCUGAGUCCCCAUCACAGACAGCUCCCUCACUGCACAGCAAAAAGGAGGAGGAUGGGGGAGUUAAGAAGGGCAGGAGUGUGGGGACAGAAAAGGUUGGGUAGAAGGAGGACCUUAAGUACAGGGUACAGGGACCUGGAGAGCUGCCAAGAGAAAGUCAGAGCAGGUGGACGAUUGUGUGUGGGGGGGGUGUUGUUUUGGGACAAUGCCUGGGGAAGGCAGAAUUUGAGGAGGAGGAGGAAGCUAAGAGUUUAGGAGAGAGGAAGAGCCUAAAGACAGCGCUGGGAGGGUAGAGCCAGUGUAUGCAUCGUUCCCAAUACAUUUGGAAGAGAUAACGCCUUCAGUUUACCAUCCUUUGACUCUGGGAUAUUGAGUGUAGGAAAGUCACAUGAGGUGGUACGGAAAGGGUUCAGAGAUAGCAACUGCCUGAAGAAAGAAGUACCCUGAGAAAGGAGGCAAAAGACAGGCCUGUGCGGCUCCCAGUUGCUCGGCAACCGCCGCGGUCAAAAGCUAGCGUGGAGGGCGCAGGAGGUGUGGCUCCAGGAAGCAACUCUAGGCUGAGACCCCGCCCUUGACAACAAAGCUAAUCAAAUCCCGCCCCCUAACAACGAAUUCCUAAAAGAGGUUCCGCAGCCUAGUCGGGCUCUUACGCAGGCGCAAUCCUCCCUGCUCCACGAAGCCCCACCUCCUGAUCGCUCCUUUUUGAGUUUUCUUAUUGGAGAAUAAAGCUGCCAAAGAUUUUCCUUUGUUUCGGAGGCGGGAUCAAACACUCCGUCC